AUGAAGCUCUGUGCGGCGUUUCAGGCUGAUGGCGGCGUUUCAACGGAGCCGCAAUUGGCGGAGAAGGGCCUCGAGCUUCUGGAGGCAGACGGGCGCGUGCCUGAGGUGGUUGCGGCUCCCCAGGGGUGCAGCUGGGAGCAUAUGGACAAUGUCUAUAAUUGUCUCGAUGCAAUGUGCUUGCUUGGUGGUAGGGGCGCGCUGGGCGGAAAUGUGGGGGCGGCUGGUUUCCCUAGACAGCUAGUGCCGGUGCUUACCGGCGGAGUUGCAGGUUGCAUCAUGGCUGGGGCAUGGCCGAAAUAA